AAUUUACGCGUGAAGUGUUACAAAGAGGGCGACUGGAUCAGUGAAAACAAACUGGCGGAAGGUUUGAAGUGAUUUAAGCCUGUUUGAAUUUUACAAUUUUAAGUAUUGAUGAGCUGGAACAAGGGUUGAGGAUGAGCCUUUUUUGUCUAAGUGUUCAUUACAAUGCUAUGUAGCAUGGCAAUAGUUCAGUAAUUGCAAUUUUAUUAGUCGUGUGUUAAAUUUGUUAUCACAUGGAAACUCGAGCAUCUAGGAACGCGUAAAAUUCUCAGAAAAGAAUAAAAACACCAGUUACUCUCGAUUCAGAUUAUUACAAAACUGAAUAUUAUCUGUCCUCAUUUAACUUGCAGAGCUUCUUGAAUUUAGUGAAGACCGCAAUCCUUGGGAAUCAGUGGAAGAAAAGCUUAAUGCGAUCAGGUGGGAAUAAUUCAUGCAAUUAAAUUUGCUCCGCCCAUACACUUAUCUUUGCAUCCAAUCAUCCAUUUAGGCUGCCUCAUCUCCCUGUGGUAUUUCUCAAUAAUUUUUUUCUUUGCGACUCUUUUUCUCAGGGAUAUGAUGAGAAAGAUAGUAAAACAGAUGAGACCUGAAAGAGGGUGA